CACACAAGCGUAUGUACGCGAAUGCACGCGACUAUAAAAUAACUAGAGUUGCGCAUGCGUAAUGAUCAUUGUGAGGCUCGACUUACAUCGCCUAUGAAAUAAAAAUAGACUCGGUAUACAGGAAUAUAUAGUCAGCCGGCAUUUCAACGUAAAAACACAUUAUCAGUAAAGAUGUUAUUGUUACAAUCGAGAUUCGGGACAGUCCUAAUUAAACCGUUGUCCGUUGUAAUAUCUAUUGAUAAUAAUUUUAUAUUUAUCAUUAUUUAUUCAUUAGUCAUUUCUGUCUUGACGUCUUGUACGAAUAUUCGCUUGUGUCUUACACUUUUUCCGUUUUCGGUGGUUUCGUCUUAACGUCUGCGUUAAAAUAUAUGUGCGAGUGCUGAUGUUUAUUGUAAUAAACAUUAUUAAAUUAAUUACUGUUGGAGUUAUGACGUAUCCAGUGACAGACGUGAUUUCAACUUCUGCACUAGCAUAAUUGAAUGGAAUCUAAAAUUGUCAUUUAUGAUUCCGAUAAUAAAGAAUUAUUGCCUAAUAAAAAUGAAGAACCGCCGAGAAAACUUUUAUGGGUUGAUAUUAGUAAUUUUUCUGAAUUAUGGCAAUUUUUAAUUUGUUCAUUUGUUGUAUUUAUUUUUUUUAUUCCAUAUGGAUACCUUCAGGAAGCUAUAUUUGCUAUUAAUGGAUUUAAACCAUUUGGUUGGUACUUAACUCUUGUGCAGUUUUUUUAUUAUUCUGCUUUUGGAUUCGUAGAAAGUCGGUUCAUCCACACUCAAAGAAGGAUACCUAUAGUAUUAUAUCUUUUAUUGGGAUUGAUAUUAUUAGGCUCGAUGGGCUUUUCUAAUGCUUCUCUUGGUUAUUUGAACUAUCCUACACAAGUUAUAUUUAAAUGCUGUAAACUUAUUCCUGUCAUGAUUGGUGGAAUAUUGAUUCAACAAAAAGUGUACAAAAUAAUUGAUGUAAUAGCAGCGUCAUGUAUGUGUGCUGGAUUGGUAUUAUUUACGUUAGCUGACAGUAAAGUUUCUCCACAUUUUAACAUAAUUGGUAUAAUUUUGAUUAGUUCUGCAUUGUUUUGUGAUGCACUUAUUGGUAAUUUUCAAGAAAAAAUGAUGAAAAAACAUAAUGCAUCUAAUGCAGAAAUUGUUUUGUACUCCUACUUUGUAGGAUUUAUAUAUUUACUAUUGGUAUUGUUGGUGAGUGGAGAACUUAUAGAUGGAACAACAUUUUGCCUCCAGAAUCCAGUGACGUAUGCAUACAUAUUUUUGUUUUCCCUGUCUGGAUUUUUUGGAGUUCAAGCUGUACUUUCCCUGAUCAGAACUUGUGGUGCUUUAGUUGCUGUGACUGUAACUACGUGUCGAAAAGCCUUAACUAUAGUUAUAUCGUUUUUAUUAUUUUCAAAGCCAUUUACAUUUCAGUACGUUUGGGCUGGAUUACUUAUAGUUAUAGGAAUUUAUUUGAAUGUUUUGGGUAAAACAAAUCAUAUUGACUUGAAAACAACCCUUAAAAAUUCAAGAAAUAUACUUGGAAAUGUAAGAAAACGAAGAAAGUCUCCAAUGGUUGUCUAAUAAUUAAACUGUUUAAUUAUAUAUUUAUUUUGCUCUUUACAUUUUUUUUUUUUUUUUUUUUUU